UUUGUGUAUAAGUUGCUCGGAACGUAAACCACAUCUUCUCUCUUAUUGUCUCCCACCUCUUUUUGUUUAACCAACACUCCUUUGUACAUAAGCAUUUGUCAUCGUACCGACCCAACUUCAACGAAACCGGUACUUUAUCAAAUACAUCAUGUCAGUACAAAGUGGACGCCGCUUGGUAACGGGCGAAUCAACUUCUGCAGCCGUUGCUGUCGCCCUCAGUGAACAAGUGUACACCACUAAGCGCGUCGCAAGCGAAGCCAACGUUUAUGGAACUCAAACUCAAGUUCAAACUGUCAAAGCUGAGAACGACCCUGCUUCCAGCUUUGUUGGCACAUUGAAUCAGAACAAACUCGGCUCUGCCUUGAUUUCAUCCGACUCUUUGGUAUCCGCCAUCCCUCACCUGUAUAACAUCGCUUCAAGCCAGUCUUCCUUUGUUGUCCAUGUGUCUGCUGAGAAUGACAAGAAAAAGAACACUUUUGGUGAUUUCUCCAAUGUUAUGGCAGUCAGACAAACUGGUUUCGCUCUCCUCAGCUCUUCCAGUGUUCAAGAGGCUCAAGAUUUAGCUGCCAUUGCUCAUUUGGCAUCCAUCAAGUCUGCUACUCCCUUCUUGCAUUUCUUCGAUAGCAGCCGUGUUGCCCAUGAACACACUAACAUCGAGCAGCUGACAAAUCAAACUUUGGCUAACUUGAUCUCCAGCGAAGAAGUCGAGGCUUACCGCAACCGCCCCCAGCAAUCUAACAAUGAAUCCACCUAUGCUCGUUACAAGCAACGCAAGGCUCAAGAUGCCCAGGAGGACCGUGUUGAUGUGUACAAGGUGGUUGAAGAAUCCAUGGUACAAUUUGCAAGUGUGACUGGCCGUCACUAUUUACCUUUGGAGUACUCUGGUCACCCUGACGCCGAAAAUGUUAUUGUUGCCAUGGGUGCUGGUGCUACCGUUGUCGAGAGCACUCUUCAAGCUCUUCGUGAACAAAGCGCCGAUGCAAAGAUUGGUGUCCUCAAGGUUCGCCUUUUCAGACCCUGGUCCAACGCUGAACUUAUUAAGGUUCUUCCCGCCUCUGUCAAGAACAUUGCUGUCUUGGAGCCCUCCCACGAUUAUACUUCCACCUGGAACCCCGUUUUCUUGGAUGUUGCGGCUGCUUAUCAAGCUUCUCAAAAGGAGGAGGUUGAGAUUGUCAGCGGUCAAUAUGGUGUUGACGCUACUGAUUUCACCCCUGCUAUGGUGAAUGCUGUUUUCCAUCACCUUGCUUCCGGCAACCUUAAGCGCCGAUUCGUCCUUGGUGACAGUCUUCCAGUCUCCCACAAGCACGCUAUUAACGUCACACCUGAGUCUACCCAACAAUUUGUUGUUGUCGGAGAUGAAGCUGAGGUUUUAUCGGCCUUCGAUCAGUUGAAGGACAAGAAGAUUCAAGUUUAUACCGUCAAGGAGAAUGGUGCUUCUGUGUCUCACGUCAGAAUCGCUCAUGCCAGCACUUCUCCUGUUCCUUCUUUGAUCGAUCAUGCUGAUGUUGUCAUUUUGCUUAAUGCAUCUGCUAACGUUCCUGCUGCCAUCGCUACUCUCAAGGCCCAUGGUCAUGUUAUUAUUAAUCAAACUGCUGAUGUCAACACUGUGAGCGGAAGUGUCAAGAAGGCUAUUGCUGCCAAGAAGGUUAAUGUCUAUACCACCGAUGCCAUUGCCCUUCUUAAGUCAAAGGAUGUUACAAAGUUCGAUGCCUCCAACAAGGUCGAUGCUUCCAGCUGGUCUUCUGCUAAGGCUGAGGAUGUCAAGUCAGUAUCUGCUGCUAAGGCUGCCGUUAAGGAAUCCGAUGUCCUCGAGACUCCUUAUAUCAAGAUGUUGGACCAAGUCUUCGGUGAGCGUUUGUCUAUUGCCAACGGUAUCAACGCUGCCUCUGUCUGGUCUCCAGAUACUCAGUCUGCCAACGCUUCCAACCCUGAAUUCGGUUAUGGUAAGAUUUUGGCUCAGAACCAACAGCGUGCCAAGUUCUUGGCUGAUGUUGAGCAAACCCUGAACAACACUGAAUUGCCUGAGGCUCUUCAUAAGAUUCUCUCUCAAUGGCUUCUUGUUGCCAAGAGUGCUGGAUCCAAACCCCAACAAGUCACUGAUGCUGCCACCGCUGCUGAAACCGUUCUCGAACAAUACCAAACCGAAGCUUCUGUUCAAGCCAUCAUCCGCAACAAGGAAUACCUCUUCCCCAAGUCCAACUGGUUGGUUGGCUCUGAUUCUUGGAGCUACGAUAUUGGCCAAUCUGGCGUCCAUCACGUUAUCACCUCUGGCGAGAAUGUCAACAUGCUUAUCGUUGACACUACUCCCUAUUCUACUGAUACUGAGCGUGAGCAGCGUAAGAAGGACAUUGGUCUUUAUGCCAUGAACUAUGGUGCCGCCUAUGUCGCCUCAGUCGCUAUCUAUGCUUCAUACACUGGUGUUCUCCACGCUUUGAUCGAAGCUGACAAGUAUGAUGGUCCCUCCAUCGUCCUUGCAUUCCUUCCUCGUGUUCACAACGCUGCUAACCCUAUCGAGAUCCUUCAAGAGACCAAGGUUUGCGUCGAUAACGGUUCAUGGCCUUUGUACAGAUGGAACCCUGCCUUGGAGUCUGAGGGCAAAGACCCUUUCGCUCUCGAUUCUGAGCGCAUCAAGAAGGAUUUGGAAGCUUUCCUUGACCGUGAGAACCAUCUUUCUGUUCUCGUUGCCCAGCAACCCGACUUAGCCAAGACUCUUGUCAGCUCUGUUGAAGCCGAUGUUAAGAAGCGUCAUGAGCAACUUAAGAGCAAGGCUCGUGAAGAUUAUGCUAGACUUUUGUCAGGUUUGUCCGGAAACGCCAACGGCCCUCCCGUCACCAUUCUUUUCGGUUCCGAUAACGGCAAUGCUGAAGGUUUGGCCAAGAAGCUUGCCACUAAGGGCAAGUCUCGUGGAUUGAAGGUCUCCCUGAUGGCUAUGGACGACUUCGCUGAUAUCCAAGAACUCGCCAACGUUACCAACGUUGUCCUCAUCGUCUCCACUGCUGGUCAAGGAGAGUUCCCAUCCAACAGUCGUGAGUUCUGGAAGGCAUUGAACAACUUGGCUGUUGGUGAUAUCGCCUUGCAAGAUACCAAGUUCGCUAUCUUCGGUCUUGGUGACAGCCAUUACUGGCCCCGUGAGGAAGAUGCCGUUUACUAUAACCGUCCCGGUAAACUCAUUGACAGCCGUUUGGAGAUGCUAGGUGCUGGCCGACUUGUUGCUGAAAUCGGUCUUGGUGACGAUCAAGAUGCUGAUGGUUACGAAACUGGUUUCCAAGCUUGGCAACCCGAGUUGUGGAAGGCUCUUGGUGUCGCUGAUGUUGGCACUGAUGAUGAACCACCAAAGUUGACUGACGAUCAAAUGAAGAUUGACUCCAACUUCUUGCGUGGAACCAUUGCUCAAGAUCUUGAGGAUGAGUCCACUGGUGCCAUUUCCGAAAUUAACGGAAAGCUCUUGAAGUUCCACGGUUCAUAUGGUCAAGAUGACAGAGAUAUCCGUGAAGAGCGCAAGAAGCAAGGUUUGGAGAAGGCUUUCAGCUUUAUGAUCCGUGUUCGUAUGCCCGGUGGUGUCUCUACCCCCCAGCAAUGGUUGGUUAUGGACGAGCUUGCUGAGACUCAUGCUAAUGGUGCCAUCAAGCUUACUACUCGUCAAGCUUUCCAACUUCACGGUAUCAUCAAGAAGAAGCUCAAGCCCACUAUUCGUGGAAUCAACCAGUCUCUUCUCAGCACUUUGGCUGCCUGUGGUGAUGUUAACCGUAACAUCAUGAUGAACCCCAACCCUCACGUUCCUGAAGUCUAUGAUGAAUUGAACGACUUCGCUAACAAGAUGAUGGAGCACUUGGCUCCCAAGACCAAUGCUUACCACGAAAUCUGGUUGGCUGAUGAGAUGGUUGCUGGCCAUGCUGUCCAAGACUUUGAGCCCCUCUAUGGUCCCACUUACUUGCCACGCAAGUUCAAGAUUGUCAUUGCUGUUCCUCCUAACAACGAUGUCGAUAUCUUUGCCCACGAUCUUGGUUUCAUUGCUAUCAUCAAUGAUGACAAGACUCUUGCUGGUUUCAACGUCACCGUCGGUGGUGGUAUGGGUAUGACUCACGGAAACAAGAAGACUUAUCCUCGUCCUGCUUCCGUCAUUGGUUUCUGUACUGUUGACCAGGCUGUCGAUGUUGCCGAAAAGGUGAUGACCACUCAACGUGACUAUGGUGAUCGUACCAACCGUAAGCAUGCUCGUAUGAAGUACACCAUCGAUGACCGUGGUCUCGAUUGGUUCAAGGGUGAAGUCGAGUCUCGUCUUGGCUACAAGCUUGGUGCUGAACGCCAUUAUGAAUUCACUGAUAACGCUGAUCGAUAUGGCUGGACUAAGGGCUUGGGUGACAAGUGGCACUUUGGUAUGUUCAUCGAGAACGGUAAGGUCAAGGACUGGCCCGAUCUCCAAAUCAAGACUGGUCUUCGCGAACUUGCCAAAUGGCACAAGGGAGACUUCCGUCUGACCCCUAACCAACAUCUUGUCAUCGGUAACGUCCCUGAAGCUGAUCUUGAACGUACCAAGGCUCAUUUGGCCAAGUAUAAGCUCGACAACUUGAGCUUCAGCUCAUUGCGUUUGAACGCUAUGGCUUGUGUUGCUUUGCCCACUUGUGGUCUUGCCAUGGCUGAAUCCGAGCGUUACCUCCCCACCUUGGUUGGACUUUUGGAAAGCACCAUUGAAGAAUCUGGUCUUCGUGAAGAUGCUAUCACGAUACGUAUGACUGGUUGUCCUAACGGUUGUGCUCGACCAUACCUUGCAGAAAUUGCUUUCGUCGGUAAGGCGCCUGGAGCGUAUAAUGUAUACCUUGGAGGUGGCCACAAGGGAGAGCGUUUGAACAAGUUGUACAAGGAGAGCUUGAAGGAAGAAGAAAUUCUUGCUGAGAUCAAGCCUAUCAUCAAGCGAUUUGCUCUUGAACGUACCCCUGGCGAACAUUUCGGCGACUGGGUCAUUCGUGCUGGAUACGUCAAGAAGACCAUUACUGGAACAGAUUUCCAUGAAUUGUAAAUCCAAAAAAGUAAUACUCCAAAACUCAUCAUUUAACUAGACAUUUUUGUUUUCUUCUUUUCCAAUACCGUUACAUAGUUUUUCUUUCAGGCUUUCCCAUCAUUAUUAAAGAUGAUUUAUACAUUAAUA